AUGGAUGAACUCAACUUAUCGAAUAGUUUGGCCAGUGUUCAGUUAAAUCUCACUGACGCUGCAUUAAUUACAGAAAUACCUUCGGAAACUACUAGAGCGGGGCUUACGAACGUUUUAAUGGAUGUUGAGUCGCCAGAGUCCGAACAGUUGUUGGUCGAGGAAUACAAAAAUCAAGGAAACUCAUGUUAUAAACAAGGAAUGUACAAUGAAGCUAUAGCAUGGUAUACAAAAGGCAUAGAAAUCGAUAGUACCAAUGUGUUUCUGUACAAUAACCGCUCCGCAGCUUACCUGAUGAUUAAUAAACCUCUUGAUGCUUAUAAAGAUGCUAACAGAAGUAUCAGUUUAGAUUCCCAGAAUGUAAAAUCUAUACUACGUUGCUUAAAAUGUUGUCUUAUUUUGGGUGAUUUAAAUGAAGCCAAACGUCUGUGUUCUAUGGUUAGACAGUUGGAACCAACUAAUAUGGAAUUUUCGUCAUUGCUGCAAAAAAUUGAAUUACUAUCAGAAACUCACCGAUCUUACGAAGAUAAAUUAUCCACAUCUGACUUCCGACACGCUCUUCAUUUAAUCACAAAGUGUAUUGAAUUAGCUCCAGCUUCACUAAGUUUCAACUUACAAAAGCUGAACAUCCUCAUUCAAUUAAAACGAUUCAGUGAAGCCAAGAUUUUAGUUGAAAACUUAUUGCAUUCCCAUUCUUCAUCAGUUGAUCUACUCUUUUAUCGAGGCCUGUGCCUGUACUAUUUGGAUCAUUUAGAUAAAGCAAUUGUUCAUUUUCAACAUGUUCUACGCCUUCAUCCAGAUCACAUAGAAACUCAGAAAGUGUACAAGCGUGCCAAAAAUCUCCUGAAAUAUAAAGAAGAAGGAAACACAUUUAUACAUGAUCACAAAUAUUCUCAAGCACUUGAGGCCUACACAAAAGCCUUGGAAGUGGAUCCUUCACACGAUAUGAUUAACGCUAAAUUGUAUUGUAACCGUGCUUGUGCUCUAUUUUACCUUGAUCGUUUCGAUGAAGCCCUAAACGAUUGUGAUAAUGCAAUUUCUUUGGAACCAAACUAUUUAAAGGCUCGAAUUCGACGAGCUAAGUGUUAUUCAUCUCUUGAAGAAUAUGAAAAAGCAGUUGAGGAAUGGACUGCAGUAGUAAAAUUAGACGGAUCACAAGAAAAUAAAAAAUCUUUACAAGCUGCUAAAUCUGCUCUUUCCGUGUCUCAACGUGAUUACUAUAAAAUACUUGGUUUGAAAAAGAAUGCCUCUUCCGAUGAUAUAAAACAAGCGUAUAGAAAAAGUGCACUUUUAUAUCAUCCAGAUCGUCAUACAAGUGCCGAUGAAGCUACUGUAAAAGAAAAGGAACGGAAGUUUAAAGAGAUUGGAGAAGCUUACAGUAUAUUAUCAGAUCCUGUAAAACGUCGUCAAUAUGAUAAUGGUGAACUGUCGGGAGAUGAUGCUUUUGGUCAAGGAAAUGUAUCCGCUCACAAUUUGUUUACUCAAGUCUUUCCUGGAUUUGGAACAUCUACAGUACAUUUUUAUUUUGGUUAA